AUGCCCAAGGAAGCUGAUUUCUCACCAUCCCCAACCGAAGCGACGCCGUUUCUGUCCUCCCACCUUCUUCUUCAUAGUGUUCCCCCGUCUUCUUCUUCAGUUUCAUACCGCUGAGCUCCACCUUUGGGUUUUCUUUUUUCCUUUUCCCAAACGACAUCGUUCCGCUAGUCUCACCUUCCGCGUCAGUCGAGACGUCGUCGUUUUCUGCUUGGUCAUUUUAUCCUUUUGUAAAACGACGUCGUCCCACUGAUAUAAGCUUCUCCAUCUGCAAACGGCGUCGUUUUGAUCCGGUCUCAACGUCUCCCCCACUUAUAGCUCCCCUUCGUCUUCUCCUUCAGCUGGUUCAACCACCCAUCAUCAUCUUCUUCUUCAUAAAAAGACGUCGUCUCAGUUGUAUCCCAUCACCUUCUUCGAAAAACGACGUCGUUCAACUGCUAUCACCGUGUGAACUGAUGGCUUCAUCAGGUUCUCAUAUGAUUAUUGUGAUAUUGUUGGCUCUGGCAGUAUCGUCCGCGUUGGUUUCUCCGGCAGCUUCAACGUCGAGAGGUCUCGAUCGCCGGCCAGAAAAAACUUGGUUCAGGGUCAGCCUCAGGCACGUCGACUCCGGUGGAAACUACACCAAAUUCGAACGUCUACAGCGUGCGAUGAAGCGUGGGAAGCUGAGACUCCAACGCCUGAGCGCCAAAACCGCGUCGUUUGAAUCGUCCGUUGAAGCCCCAGUGCACGCCGGCAACGGCGAGUUUCUGAUGAAACUGGCCAUCGGAACGCCUGCGGAGACCUACUCGGCUAUCAUGGACACCGGCAGCGACCUGAUCUGGACUCAGUGCAAGCCCUGCAAGGAUUGCUUUGAUCAACCAACACCGAUAUUCGAUCCGAAAAAGUCGUCGUCGUUCUCGAAACUGCCAUGCAGCAGCGACCUCUGUGCGGCUCUUCCGAUCUCUUCAUGCAGCGACGGCUGCGAGUAUCUCUACUCAUACGGAGAUUAUUCUUCGACACAAGGCGUUUUAGCCACUGAAACCUUCGCGUUUGGCGAUGCCUCGGUGUCCAAAAUCGGGUUCGGGUGUGGGGAAGACAACGACGGAAGUGGGUUCAGCCAGGGGGCAGGGCUGGUGGGGCUUGGCCGAGGACCACUGUCGCUGAUUUCCCAGCUGGGUGAGCCCAAGUUCUCAUACUGCUUGACCUCCAUGGAUGAUAGCAAAGGUAUCAGUUCUCUCUUGGUGGGGUCUGAAGCCACUAUGAAGAAUGCAAUCACCACUCCAUUGAUCCAAAACCCUUCACAGCCAUCAUUCUACUACCUUUCCUUGGAAGGAAUCAGCGUUGGCGACACGCUUUUACCCAUCGAAAAAUCCACUUUUUCGAUUCAGAAUGAUGGGAGUGGUGGCUUGAUCAUAGACUCUGGCACAACGAUUACCUACCUAGAGGACAGUGCCUUUGCUGCUCUCAAAAAGGAGUUCAUUUCUCAGCUGAAGCUUGACGUUGACGAGUCCGGCUCGACCGGGCUUGACCUUUGCUUUACCCUACCGCCGGAUGCAUCCACAGUCGACGUCCCACAGCUGGUGUUUCACUUUGAAGGUGCCGAUUUGAAGCUUCCUGCCGAAAACUAUAUUAUAGCGGAUUCGGGUUUGGGAGUGAUUUGUUUGACGAUGGGGAGUUCGAGCGGGAUGUCGAUAUUUGGGAAUUUUCAGCAGCAGAACAUCGUGGUGCUUCAUGAUCUUGAGAAGGAGACAAUCUCAUUUGCUCCAGCGCAGUGCAAUCAGCUUUGAGUUUGUGUGACCCAUCUGUCCUUUGUUUGUUUAAUCUCAUUCCCUCUGGCUUUUUUUCAAUUAGUUGUGAUUUCUUCUUCAUUAGUUUCUGAAACAAUAUGCAUACUGCAAUUAAUAAGCUUACUGCAUAUUUUCUAA